CACUCUGUCUCCUUCUCCAUCUGUCAUUCAGCUUGACACUCUCUCCCUCUCUCUCUUCCCUUGUCUUCUGUCUCUCAAGUAGCUAAACUACACCAACAAAUUGUAAUAUUAACUGUCUGUACAUAGGCAUUCCCUGCUGCAGGAGUCUUAAGACUUUUCUUCUUGAAACUAAUUUUUACAGCUGGGUAAAACUGUCACAUAACUAAGACAUGUUACUAUGCUAAAAUGAAUGGAAAAGGAUUUGUUUAUCUGAUUAGUUGGCUUGUUGCAGCUGUGACCAUAAAAGAUGCAAUCUCUGCUGAUGGGAAGUAUGCACAGAUGCUAUUCCGAGACUUGUUUGAAAGCUAUUCCAAUGCACUGCGACCUGUGGAUGAUACUGACAAAGCCUUGAAUGUCACACUACAGAUCACGCUCUCCCAAAUCAAAGAUGUAGAUGAAAGGAAUCAAAUCCUCACAGCCUACUUGUGGAUCCGGCAGUCUUGGUAUGAUGCAUAUCUCAAAUGGGACAAGGACAAGUAUGAUGGGCUUGACUCUAUUCGGAUACCGAGCAGUUUUGUAUGGAGACCAGAUAUUGUUCUUUAUAACAAGGCUGAUGAUGAGUUUACAGAACCUGUUAAUACUAAUGUCGUAUUGCGCUAUGAUGGAAAAAUUAUCUGGGAUGCACCAGCAAUAACAAAGAGUUCAUGUGUGGUUGAUGUGUCCUACUUUCCUUUUGAUAAUCAGAGGUGCAAUCUUACAUUUGGUUCCUGGACUUACAAUGGCAACCAGGUGGACAUAGUCAAUGCAAUGGAUAGUGGCGAACUGUCUGACUUUAUUGAAAAUGUGGAAUGGGAAGUCCACGGAAUGCCAGCUGUGAGGAACGUGGUUACAUAUGGCUGCUGUUCUGAACCAUAUCCAGACAUUACAUACACUCUAAUUCUGAAAAGAAGGUCAUCUUUCUACAUCUUUAACCUGCUCAUUCCUUGUGUAUUGAUCUGUUUUCUGGCGCCACUAGGAUUCUAUUUGCCUGCAGAUUCAGGAGAAAAGGUAUCGCUUGGAGUGACGAUACUCCUUGCGUUAACUGUGUUCCAGCUGAUGGUUGCAGAGAGCAUGCCACCUUCUGAAUGUGUACCUCUAAUAGGCAAGUAUUAUAUAGCAACAAUGACACUGAUCACAGCAUCCACAGCCUUAACAAUUUUUAUCAUGAAUAUCCACCACUGUGGGCCAGAUGCCAAACCAGUUCCUCAGUGGGCAGAAGUCAUCAUACUGGACUACAUGUCCAAAAUAUUUUUUGUAUAUGAAGUUGGUGAGAGCUGCACAGGACCCCUGAAGUGCAAAGACAAAGACAACAAUCAGCAAGAAAAUAAUGAUAAAUGUAAUGGGAAUAGAAUGUUACUGCAAGACGUGAAGCCAAAAGAGCAAUGUUCCAGACAGUUCAGUCAUAAAGAGACAGAUAAAAAGAUACACAAAAAUGUUGAGAACCAUUUCUCUGGCUGUGCAGGAAAUUGUUGCUGCAGAGCAGAGCAACCCAGUCUUACGUUCUGCAACCACUAUGAGAGGCUAGCUAGGAAUGUUGACUACAUUGCUACUUGCUUCAAAGAGCAAAAGGUGGCUAAUGCUAAAGGAAUCCAGUGGAAGAAAGUAGCCAAAGUAAUGGAUAGAUUCUUCAUGUGGAUUUUCUUUGUCAUGGUCUUCUUUAUGAGUGUUUUGCUUAUUCUGAAGGCAGUUUAGUAUUUUAUUAGAU